AUGAACUCUGCGUGUUCGUUUCACUGUGCCUCCUUGCUGGCCCUGGUGUGCGCGGCGACAGCAGCGAAGCUGCAGGGCUACAGUGCCGGAGGUAACACCGGCCUGGGAAUCACGCUUGGCCAAGUGCAUGGAGGCGCUGGUCACAGGGGCGUUGGAGGCGGCAGUGUGGUUCCUGCCAUCUUCGUCGGUUCUGGCGUGAUUCCUGAGAGUGCCUUUGUGGGUGCCGUCGGAGGCGUCAUCAGCGGGGAAUACAGCGCCCCGAGCGUUGUUGUCGCUCCUGUGGCUGCUGGAGUCUUCGAUGCUGGUGUCGCUGGAGGCUUUGACUCUGGCGCCUUGGUAGAGGGGUACAUCCCACCAGUUGCAGGUCCAGAGGUCACAGUUAUUGAUGUCCCACCUGUUCCUAACAACGCAUACAUCACUCCCCGAAUCAACUAA